CCCGCCACCUCCCAUAAAAUAUUUAAGUCCCCUGUUUUUCUCUUCUUUAAAGCUUUUAAAGAAACAAAACCACGGCUCGGUUCAAGUACUAUUUUUUGUUCAACUCAACUUCAUGGAAGAGGCAAGUCCAAGGACCCGUCGUCGACCGGAGCACAUUUCCCACCUUUCCCUCUCCGGUACACAGCUGCCGGAGAGCCCAAGAGGUCCAAUGGAAUUCCUCUCGAGGUCAUGGAGCGCUUCGGCUCUCGAAGUGUCCAAAGCCCUCGCCCCUCUUCAUCAUCAUCACCAUCACCAUCCAGUCAAUGGUACUAGUGCGGCUCCCAAGUCAGCCAGCAGCUCCUCUUGUACCACCACUUCAAUACCCGAAGACAUAAACGGCGAGACCGAGGAGCUCGAUAAGGCCACCGCUGAUGUUUCCAAUCAGUUCUCUUUCACUUCCUCUGCUACUUCACAGCUCGUCCUUGAACGCAUCAUGUCACAAUCGGAAGUGUCACCAUUAACGUCGGGCAGGCUCUCUCACAGUAGUGGACCAUUGGUUAAUGAUAAUAGUCCACCAGUUUCCCCAUCUGAGGAAUUCGACGACGUCGUUAAGUAUUUCCGUACCCACAACUCCAUACAACCAUUAUUCAAUGGCGGUCGGACGAGUGGUGGUAAUGGAGUCAAUACACCCAGCGGGGCCAAGACAGUGGGGAGAUGGUUAAAAGACAGAAAAGAGAAAAAGAAACAAGAAACCAGAGCUCACAAUGCACAGCUGCACGCUAAUAUCUCAGUCGCUGCGGUUGCCUCCGCCAUAGCAGCCAUUGCAGCUGCCACCGCGGCUUCUUCUUCUACCUCGGGAAAGAACGAACAGUCGACCAAAACCGACCUGGCCGUGGCGUCCGCGGCUACGUUAGUCGCCGCACAAUGCGUGGAGGCUGCUGAAGCCAUGGGUGCCGAACGUGACCAUCUUGCGUCGGUUGUGAGCUCUGCUGUUAAUGUUCGCUCACAUGAUGAUAUAUUGACUCUUACUGCUGCUGCUGCUACAGCUUUACGUGGGGCAGCAACCUUAAAGGCAAGAGCACUAAAGGAAGUGUGGAACAUUGCGGCCGUCCUUCCGGCGGAGAAGACGGCAAGUGUUGGAUUCUGUUCGAAAGGCAGCAAUGGCAGCCAUUCGAACCGCAACAAUAGUGGAGAACUUGCCCCAGAGGAUUUCCUUACUGCCUGCAGUCAAGAGCUUCUCGCCAAGGGUAGUGAACUUCUCAAAAGAACUCGGAAAGGUGAUCUUCACUGGAAACUCGUCUCGGUUUAUAUGAAUAAGACAGGCCAGGUGAUUUUGAAGAUGAAGAGCAAGCAUGUUGCUGGGACAUUCACCAAAAAGAAAAAGAAUGUGGUUCUGGAGGUGUGCAAGGACAUUCCGUCAUGGCCAGGGAGACACCUAUUCGCUAGCGGAGAGCAGCAUCGUUAUUUUGGAUUGAAGACUGAAACGAGAGGGAUUAUUGAGUUCGAGUGCAGAAGUGAGAGAGAAUAUGAUAUGUGGACUCAAGGCGUGUCGAGGCUUCUUUUGAUUGCUGCUGAAACUGAAAGGAAGCACAAAAGACAAAGUUCAACUACAUGGCCUCCUGGAGGCCGGAACUUGGACUUAGAUUAGCUCAUCUGCCUUGCUUUUAAGCUAGAUUGGUUACAGGGAGCUCAAUGCAAAGCAAUGGACGAACCAUUCAAGCUAAGACAAAUAUCUGUGAACAUUUUGAGCUGAUGGUGCAAUAAAAAAGCUGUGACUGUAACUUUUUUUGUAGAGUGAGAGAGUGGAACUAGUAACUUAGGGAUCUAUCAAACAGUCAAAUGUGUGUGUAAGAUUGGGCUACAUAUGCUUUCUUUAUAGGUAUUUUUUUUGCUUUAGUGCAUUGUUACCCACUUUAACUCGUUUCUAUACAAAAGAAUCAGUAAAUUUUAAGUAGGAA